CCGCUUUUUUCCCAAAGUGUCACAAUGACAUUUCAUGAAGAUAGAACGUCCGUACCUCCCCAAUCAUUCUGCUAUCGCGUUUUCGUUUUUUCGAAAUGAUUGAUUCUCACAUUUUUUUAUAGCUUGUUGCCAUUUAUAUUGUCACGUUCUAGAAACGACGUGAGAUAAUUUAUCGAGAGUAGGUCAGUUGGCGUUUUUGAUAGUUCGGAAACUCGCAACGUCGUUUUGCGAACAUAUUCGGAGCAUUCGAUCAGCCAUUUUCCUCACAGUUUGAUAGAUUAUGUUUCAAUCUGAUGCUGGUCUUUGUAUCGUGACUUCAUUCUGCUUGCGUUAGUCAUUCACGCCGAGGCUUGUUAGUAUCCCUAUUAUGUUGCGUUUUAUCCAAGAGUUGUGUCCCUCGAAGACCUCGAAACACAUGCGAGCAGCUUAUACGAUUCCAGACGUUGCAUGGGUUUAACUCGUGGCAAAGGAGGAGUGGGGGUUCAGGGAAACAAGGAUUAAUAACGAGCAUUCGGAUCGAAUAGUUAGAAUGAUUUUUUUGUGAUCGUCCUUUCGUUCGCGCUAUUCUCGAACUGUGCGAGACGUUUAUCGUCAUGACAGCUGCUUUCGAUCACCGUCUCAGUUACUCAAAAGCUGCUGAUUCUCGCAAUGCUGUCAUUUUCAUCACGUUUGACGUUCUCCGACAAUAGAUAAAGCACGAAACGUCAAAAUAGGCAAAGCUAUUACUCAAUGAAAAAUUGAUCUCCCAGCACAACGAAACACACGCUCACAUCGCGGAGAACAAUUUUCAAGAAUCCUUAAAUCGUUGAAAAAAUUCUCAAAUUACCAUGGAAUACUCAAUAAACCGAAGACCCUUGCUCGGAGUUGGAAGUGAUAGCGAAUUUGAAGAUGAAUUUGAAACAGAAGUGGAUGAUGCGAGUGUUUCUGUACCUGAUCAAAAACCUAUUUUCAAGCCUCAUCAACCAACGGACAGAUUUCAUCUCGCCUACAUAGUUUUUUAUCUAUUAGGAAUGAAUACUCUAAUUCCAUGGAGUUUUUUUAUGACAGCGGAUGAUUAUUGGAUGUACAAAUUCAGAGAUAUUCAUCCAAAUAAUACAGGACAUCACAACUACACGCACACUGAAAUUUUGGAAAAGAGGACAGAUCUUCAAGCAAAUUUUACGUCUUAUUUAAAUGUAUCCAGUGCAUUGCCCAAUACGUUAUUUUUAAUAGUCAACACAUUCAUCAGCAAGAGGAUAUCACUUAGUACGAGGAUGAUUGGAUCUCAAGUCAUAAUAUUGCUGUUAUUCAUCAUGACUACAGGAUUAGUUAUGGUGAACACAGACGAAUGGCAAAAUGAUUUUUUAAUUACAACUCUUACAACCGUGGCACUUGUGAAUGCCGUAAGUGCCAUAUUUGGUGGCAGUCUGAUGGGCAUUGUUGGUCGAUUCUCUCCGAGAUAUAUCACCGCCAUGUCGGGGGGUCAGGCACUCGGAGGAAUUUUCACCGCCUUGACGGAAGUCUGUGCAUUGUGGAUCGGUGCUAGUCCUGUCGUUUCCGGACUUGUUUAUUUCAUUAUUGGAGAUUUUGUGCUGCUCAUAUCACUCGUAUCUUACGUAGUAUUGGAGAGAAUGGCCUUUUUCAAACAUCAUAUGAUACAAGAAACAAGAACACCGACUGAAUCAAAUUAUUCUGUAAACGCCGAAGUCAGUUUCGUCGAUGGUCACAGCGUGUCCUACAGUCGAAUUUUCAAGAGAGUUUGGCCGUACGGAUUGAGCAUUUUUCUCGUAUUUUUUAUUUCUCUUUCCGUGUAUCCAGCCGUAACUGUUCUCGUCGAAAGUCAGAACAAAGGGAAAGGCUACGCGUGGAAUGACAUUUAUUUCGUACCCGUGAUUACUUAUCUGACGUUCAGUAUGGGUGAUUACGCCGGACGUCUGUUGUCAGGCAUCAUGUUAUGGCCGAGUGGAAAACCCUGGAAAUUAGUACUUCUUUGUAUUUUGCGAGCAUUGAUCGUUCCUGCCUUGAUGGUGUGUAACGCCCAACCGAGACAUCACCUCCCCGUUUACAUAACCAGUGAUUUUUAUUACAUUAUUUUGACCAUUAUUUUUGCCAUUACCAAUGGAUAUCUUUGCAACAUUUCUAUGAUAUUGGCACCAACGGUGGUCGACGGACAUGACAAAGAAAUCGCGUCAGCUAUGAUGGGAGCUUUUCUCGGCUUAGGAUUAGCAGCUGGCUCUUCUCUUAGUCUUGUUUUGGUACGAGCUCUUUAAUCAUCAACGGCGUGACAUCUUCCAUUCCGAUAAAUAGAACGCACUGCCGUUAUCUCCCUUGUUGUUCAUCCGAUGUGAUACUCUGUUAUGCGAUCGAUGGAUGAUUCGUCGAACGAAAACCUCUGAUGCAUUUCCUACACAACGUUCGAUAAGUUUGCAUCGUUCUAAACUAAUGAGAUUUCUUUUUUUUAUGCUGGAGACUUCGAAUCGUCGAAGGAAUUCCGACUGUUCGAUGAAUGGAGAAGAACUCGUUACAAUUUUUACUUGCAUCGGAGUAAUGCGAACCCCAUUUUACCACAGCCUUUCAACAUAGAUAAUGAUGGAGGAACCCCAAGUGACACUCAAUAAAAAAUACUUUGUACCUUUGCCAUUGUGAUAAUUUAAAUAUUUCAACCGAAUCAUCGUGAAAUCAGCGCACACAUAUUUUCGUCUGAUCUUUAUUCACUUUUUUCAUCUGACAGAGCCACAUUUUUAAAUUUAUAAGUUUCUUGUUUUAUACACGCGGACCACACUUUGAAGUCAUGGUGUAAAAAUAAGAUCUACGAAGUUGAAUUUUAGUUGAAACGCGAAUAUGUGGACAAUGUAAGAACGACGGUAGAAAGAUGCAGUGAUUGUUCGAAAAAUUAGUACAAUUUGUAAUUACCUUAAUAUGUGGAUGAAAGAAUUUAGACGAAUCGGUGCAAAUCAAUUCUAUUGUAUGUUAUAACAGUAAAUUCUUAGACUUGUUAACCGAAUGUAUAAAAUUUAUCAAGAAACGGAACAGUGUAUGAGCGCUAAGUGGAAAUGAUAAAAAAAAUCUUUGUCUUUACGUAUUACUCAAGUAUUUUGAUAUCGAUGGCCAACGACCAAAAACGUUUCGCAUCGAAAUGUUUCCAGAGAUAUAACUAUGAUAUCUUUGGAAUUGGAAACAUCGAUUCGUUUGAAUAAAUGUAUUACAGUGGGAAAAGAAAAUAUUGUUUUUUGCCGUUCUAGAUAAUUUAUUGGCAUGAUAUAAUUGACUUUUAUGUGUCACAGAGAAGAAAAAAACGUGUUUGAAUCAAGUUAUGAAUAAAUGAAGGGCCCAAUGCCAA